AUGUCACGAUACUCACAAUGUCACGAUGCUCACGAUGUCACCCUAAACCCUAAACCCCAAACCCUCCCCGCCCCAUUCUCCCUCUUUCCAUCACCCCGCCCCAUUCUCCCUCUUUCCAUCACCCCGCCCCAUUCUCCCUCUUUCCAUCACCCCGCCCCAUUCUCCCGCUUUCCAUCACCCCGCCCCAUUCUCCCGCUUUCCAUCACCCCGCCCCAUUCUCCCUCUUUCCAUCACCCUACCCCAUUCUCCCUCUUUCCAUCACUCCGCCCCAUUCUCCCUCUUUCCAACACCACGCCCCAUUCUCUCCCUUUCUAUCACCCCGCCCCAUUCUCCCUCUUUCCAUCACCUUGCCCCAUUCUCCCUCUUUCCAUCACCCCGCCCCAUUCUCCCGCUUUCCAUCACCCCGCCCCAUUCUCCCGCUUUCCAUCACCCUGCCCCAUUCUCCUGCUUUCAGUCACCCCGCCCCAUUCUCCCGCUUUCCGUCACCCCGCCCCAUUCUCCCGCUUUCCAUCACCCCGCCCCAUUCUCCCGCUUUCCGUCACCCCGCCCCAUUCUCCCGCUUUCCGUCACCCCGCCCCAUUCUCCCGCUUUCCGUCACCCCGCCCCAUUCUCCCGCUUUCCGUCACCCCGCCCCAUUCUCCCGCUUUCCGUCACCCCGCCCCAUUCUCCCGCUUUCCCUUUCCAUCACCCCGCCCCAUUCUCCAGCUUUCCAUCACCCCGCCCCAUUCUCCAGCUUUCCAUCACCCCGCCCAUUUCUCCCGCUUUCCAUCACCCCGCCCCAUUCUCCCUCUUUCCAUCACCCCGCCCCAUUCUCCCUCUUUCCAUCACCCCGCCCCAUUCUCCAGCUUUCCAUCACCCCGCCCCAUUCUCCCUCUUUCCAUCACCCCGCCCCAUUCUCCCGCUUUCCAUCACCCCGCCCCAUUCUCCCGUUUUCCAUCACCCCGCCCCAUUCUCCCUCUUUCCAUCACCCCGCCCCAGUCUCCCUGUUUCCAUCACCCCGCCCCAUUCUCACUCUUUCUAAGCUAG